AUGAACAGGAUCAUCCGGGAUCCCUGCAUCCAGCAACCCAUUGAGCAAAGAUACCACCUGCUGCCAAAAAAUGAAAAUUUUAGGACAUUCUCAAUAAAUGUGGAAAAGAUUGCCAGUGUCUCUAGAACAUCUCCAACAGAUUUAUCAGACUGUGAUUUGACUGCUUUCCCAAUUGGUAUAUUCUUGUCUCUGAAAAACGUUUCUGGUAAUAUCUCCUCCAUCUCUUUGGCUAAUAAUGAACUAAAAAGUCUGCCGGGUAAAUUCUUUACUACUUUUCAGAACUUAGAAGAUUUGGAUCUUGAAGGAAAUCUUCUUCAAAAACUUCCUGUUGAAGUAGGUCUCCUACCCAAACUGAAAAAGAUAAAUUUAUCUAGAAACAAGUUUGAAGUAUUUCCAGGAGAGCUUACAAAAUUACAGGGCAUGGAGAGCAUCAAUUUAGAAGGCAAUCAGAUCAAAGAUAUUCCUUUGGAUGAGCUGAAAAAGAUGCCCCAGCUAUCAUCUGUGAAUGUCAAGAUGAACCCUGUACAUAAAGAAUGUCUGAAUCUUAGUGAUGUCAAAUUUGAAUUUGCCCUGUAAGCAAUGGAAGAUAGCUUAUCGGACCUAGGAAAAAAAAUCAACUGGAACAUGUCUUUCUGUUCAAGAAGACAAUGGUGAAUAAAUUCAAGCUGGUGUGAGCAAUCAUUUUAAAUUAUGGGUGUGCCUUUUAUGCGUGACUACCAUUGGUUACUGGAAUAUAUAUACUGUAUAUAUGUAGUGAUUUAUUAAAAGCAUUUUAAAAUCA